AUGCGGCCUGAGGAGAUCAGGGACUCCGAGCCGGUUCUCGAUUCCCACUCCCACGAUUUCGAAGAUGAAAUGUCCCCAAGUCGUCCUCGCAUGCAUCGUCCCGUGGACGGCGGUCCUCACCAGCCUCUGCUCAAAGAGGAGCCUCGGGGGCGACUGUCCAGCUCCGGAAAUGAUGAUGCCGAAGGCAGGCCUAUGCUCUACCAUUCUCGACGGCCUACGAUCCGCGACAAAAGUCCCGAACGUGAUGUGGAACGGGCCACCCGGAAGAAAUACAUGAUCGCAUCAGCCUUCUUGCUGCUGAGUCUGGCAAGUUUUGUCGUCCAGACUGAGACCGCUGUCUAUAUUCAGCACGAGUUACAUUGGGAUAAGCCCUAUUGCAUGCUGUACCUCACCCACGGUUCUUGGUCUCUGCUGUGGCCUGUCCAACUCCUCAUCCUGCGAAUUCAGAAACGGAAACUCUCGUGGAGUGCAUUCUGGCGCCGCCAUGUCUUUCUCCUACGCACCACGGCGGAAAUGGUCGUGUCCCAGGAACUGCACCCCUCAUCGCACCAUCACCCGAGGUCGCCCAUUCGAUACAUGAUCAAGGCCACAGCAUUCGUCACGAUGGCUCUGACAGUCGCCGGUGGGUCCUGGUACGUGGCCGUCAACAUGACCACAGCCAGUGACUUGACGGCUAUCUACAACUGCUCCGCCUUCUUCGCCUAUGCCUUCUCCAUCCCCAUCCUCAAGGACAAACUGCGACUCGACAAGGUAUUUUCCGUCCUGGUGGCCAUUGUUGGAGUCCUCAUCGUCGCAUAUGGCGAUCGAGACACGGGCAAGAAGACCGCCGACGGCACGGUCGGCAAAGGCAGCGACGAGGCCGAGCACCGACUUGUCGGCAACAUCGUCAUCGGCAUUGGCAGCGUCCUCUACGGUCUCUACGAAGUGCUGUACAAGCGAUUCGCCUGUCCCCCCGAGGGCACUAGUCCCGGUCGAAGCAUGAUCUUCGCCAACACAUUCGGCAGUAUGAUUGGAGUCUUCACCCUCCUGGUACUUUGGAUUCCGCUACCCAUCCUGCAUUUUCUCGGUUGGGAAACCUUCCGGUGGCCGACCGGCGAAGCCGCCUGGAUGCUGAUGAUCUCCGUCUGCGCCAAUGCCACGUUCUCCGGUUCCUUCCUUGUUCUCAUCUCCCUGACAUCACCCGUCCUCUCCUCCGUCGCCGCCCUCCUGACCAUCUUCCUCGUCGCCAUCGUCGACUGGUUCCGCACAGGGCAACCUCUCUCCCUAGCCUCCAUUAUCGGCGGCGUCCUCAUCAUCGUCGCCUUCUUCCUGCUCAGCUGGAGCACUUAUCGCGAGAUGAACGAAGAACGCAAAAAGCGAUUGGAGAAUGAAGAUCUCGACUCGGAUAGUGAGUCACCAUGA